CCACAUCUGCUGCUCUCUUCCCCAAAUCAGGAAUCAGGUUCCAUCUUUCUCCAGUUCAGCUCCUCUACUACCCUCCAAUUAGAGGUCAUCUUUGAGGUGCUGGAGGAGUACGAUUGGACCGCCUUUUCCGUGGUGUGCACACGUCACCACGGCUACCAGGAUUUCCUGUCCGUGGUGGAGGGCCUGACGGACGGCUCGUUCAUCGGCUGGGAGAAGAAGAGUGUGGUGAUCCUGAACGUGACCGACGACCCUGGGGGGGCACGCACGCGCAGGCUGCUGAAGGAGAACGAGGCGCAGGUACGUUUGCUGUACUGCUCCCAGGAGGAGGCCGAGCUGGUGUUCAAAGCUGCCUGGGCCGCCGGUCAGGCCGGAGCCUCGCACAUGUGGUUUGCCGUGGGGCCAGCUCUCUCAGGUCUAGGGAUGGAGAACCUGCCGCGGGCUGUGUUCGCCGUGCGGCCUCAGGGCUGGAGGGACGAGCCGCGCCGUAGGAUUGCUCGCGGUGUGUCCGUGCUGACUCACGGGGCAGUGGCCAUGCGCAAGGAUUACGGAACAACGGGUGGGCCAAACUUUGUCACCAACUGCAUGACGGAUGCCAAUCAGACUCAGAGAGUGCGGGGCAGGAUGAGGUAUUUCAGCAACAUCACACUUGGCGGUCGAGACUACUCCUUCAGCAUUGAUGGUUACCUGUCGAACCCCUUCCUGGAUGUCAUUUCCUGGACACCUGGACGGGGAUGGGAAGAUGUAGGCUGGUGGGAGAACGGCGUGCUGAGGCUCCGAUACCCGGCCUGGUCCCGCUACGGGCCGUUCCUUAAACCACCUGAUGAUGCCCAGCACCUGCGUGUUGUCACUCUGGAGGAAAGGCCAUUUGUCAUCGUGGAGCUGGCGGACCCUGCGUCGGGGACCUGCAUCCGUGACUCAGUGCCCUGCAGACGACCUCUCAAUGCCAGUGCCAUCCAUGAGGGCGUGGCUCCCAUGAAGCAGUGCUGCAAAGGCUUCUGCAUUGACAUCCUCAAGAGACUGGCCAAGAUUGUUGGCUUCACCUAUGACCUUUACCUAGUGACCAAUGGGAAACAUGGGAAGAAAAUUGAUGGAGUUUGGAACGGCAUGAUUGGAGAGGUGGUUUACAAGCGAGCGGACAUGGCUAUUGGCUCGCUGACUAUCAAUGAGGAGCGGUCGGAGGUUGUGGAUUUUUCAGUCCCUUUUGUGGAGACGGGGAUCAGUGUCAUGGUCUCCCGUAGCAACGGAACCGUAUCACCAUCAGCUUUCUUAGAGCCCUACAGCCCAGCAGUGUGGGUGAUGAUGUUCGUCAUGUGCCUGACUGUGGUCGCUGUGACAGUCUUUAUUUUUGAGUUCUUCAGCCCUGUGGGCUACAACCGCAGUCUCCAGAAUGGCAAGAAGGCUGGAGGGUCUACUUUCACUAUAGGGAAGUCCGUAUGGCUUUUAUGGGCCAUUGUCUUCAACAACUCUGUGCCGGUGGAGAACCCCAGAGGAACCACCAGCAAGAUCAUGGUGCUGAUCUGGGCCUUCUUUGCCGUCAUCUUUCUGGCCUCCUACACUGCUAACCUGGCCGCUUUCAUGAUCCAGGAGGAGUACAUUGACACUGUGUCAGGCCUCUCGGACAAGAAGUUUCAGCAUCCCGAGGAGCAGUACCCACCUCUCAAGUUUGGCACGGUGCCCAACGGAAGCACGGAAAAGAAUAUCCGCUCCAACUACCCAGGCAUGCACCAGUACAUGGGCAAAUACAACCAGAGAGGAGUGGAGGAUGCCAUACUCAACCUAAAGACUGGGAAACUGGAUGCUUUUAUUUAUGAUGCUGCAGUAUUGAACUAUAUGGCCAGGAAGGACGAAGGUUGUAAGGUGAUGACCAUAGGCUCGGGGAAGGUUUUUGCCACCACAGGCUACGGUAUCGCCCUGCACAAAAACUCACGCUGGAAACGUCCUCUUGACCUGGCCCUGCUGCAGCUGGUGGGAGAUGAUGAGAUUGAGAUGCUGGAGCGCCUCUGGCUCUCUGGUAUUUGCCAUAAUGACAAAAUUGAGGUGAUGAGCAGUAAACUGGAUAUUGACAACAUGGCCGGGGUCUUCUACAUGCUGCUGGUGGCCAUGGGCCUGAGUCUGCUGGUGUUUGCCUGGGAACACUUGGUCUACUGGAAGCUGCGCCACUGCAUGGCCACCAGUUCUGGCAAAUUGGACUUUCUCCUUGCGAUCAGCAGGGGCAUGUAUAGCUGUUGCAGCUUUGAGGAUGAAACAGCACCAGGUGGAGCAAAAUCUUUGCCCACUCAUCACCAUACGGCAAUGGUGACAGUCCCAUCCCAGCCACAUGUUGUCUCAACGUCUAUGACCAACCCAGUUAUUGCCAUGUCGCAACAGCAGCAACAACCGCAACAGCAGCAACCACAGACUGUCUACAAAACACCUCUACCAGGCUCACCUCCCACCAUGGUGCAUUCUGGGACAGCACUGGGCCCCUCCAAUACCCCCAUUGCCGGCGCACCCCUCCCUUGCACCACCUUUCUGCCUCGGCCAGAUCGCAGACUGGCUGUGGUGGAUCGCUGGAGACUGCCGAAAACGGCUACAGCUACCAACCCUAUGGCUGUAAGGUGGCCCGUCACUGACAUGGGACCCUUUGCUCAGAAAGUCCCACCAAACUGGGCUCCAAGUGCUGGAGGGGGUGGGGGACUCGAUGGUUAUAAGAGAUACUAUGGUCCCAUUGACCCUGAGGGACUGGGGCCCUGCAUGGAGCAGCAGGCAGGGUCCCAGACCCCCAAGACUAUGCCCAGGGGCCACCCCCAGCCACCUCCAGCCAGUGUGGCUUUCUACUCAGAAAAGGGCAUGGACCAUGGGGUGGGGAAGAGGGUGGUGGGAGGUGGCAGCGGAGGUCAGGGGAAAGGGGCCGUUAAAUCUCUGGGCACUCCCAGAGUGCCUCCUAAGAGUCAGGCCCCUCUGCCUCCUACACCCCCACUGCCACACCCCUCUCCCCCUCUCCCCUCAUCCUUCUGGAGGAAACGCAGACCCAAAAAGCCCAAAGAGCCUGGAGGGCCACUGUAUGAGAACAUUCUGCCCCUGGGGCGGAGGGGAGCAGCACGAGAUGAAGUGAGGGAGGGAGGAGGGAGAAGGGCACGCCCGCUCUCUCCCCCGCUCUCACUUCCAGUGCCAGUACCCCUCAGCCCCACCUAUACACCUCCUUCUCCGUCUGCGUCCUUGCACUAUACGUCCUCGACCUCUUCGUCGACCACUUCAUCCACAUCCACAUCCUCAUCUGCCUCAUCUUCUCGCUCCACCUCUCCCACCUACUCUUACAGCUCCUCCAGGAGCACACGAGACAGGACUGGAGGAAUAGAUGGAGAGGAUGAUGAUGACGAUGAGGAGCUGACAGAAGAGUCAAGCCUCCUCCUCGGUAGGGGGAGGGACAGGGAGCGCUCAAUCAUCCGGCCUCGUUCCUUCAGCCACGGGCGCCUGCCACCACCCAUACCCCCCAGAAAACCACGAACAUCCUGGGGUGACAGAGAGAGAGAAAGGGAGAGAGGGGGGAGUCAACUAUCUCAACUCCAAGAGUGGUGGGCAAGCUGGAGUGAAAGAGAGAGGAGUGGAACGGGCGGCGAUUCUGAGAGGCAAAAAAGGGAAAAGAAAAGGAGGAAAGAGAAGGAGAAAGAGAAGAAGAAGAAGAAAAAGAACAAAAAGAGGAAAAAGAGGGAAGAAAGGGAAAGAGAGCGAGAGAGAGAAAGGAAGCGGCGAAAGGUGAAAAAGAAGAAAAAGAAGGCACUGAAGACAAAGAAAAGGAGGAAAUCAACUGGGGGGAAACGAUCUGAGCCAGAGGAGGGCGAUGUAGAGGCAGAGAGGGAAGGAGAGGCAGAAGGAGACAGGGAAGGAGAAAUUCAAGACUACUCCUCCUUCUCUGCUCAGUAUAGGAGCACAUUUGGGGAGAAAGGGAGAGAUUCCUGGGAAGGAGAGAGAGACAGAGGAAGGAGAGAGGGAGGAGAUGAGGGCAAUGACAGGGAAGAGGAGGACAGUGGUAGAAGCAGGGACAGGCAUCCCAAAUCCUCACGCUCCCAUUCCAGACAUCAAACCCCAAGCAAGCGCUAUCCUAACCUUCACAAACUCCCUGCAUCAGUCAAAUUUUGGGUGAAUGGAAGAGGAGAUAACUCUAGUACUCCACCAACAUCCCUCCAUCCGCUACUUCCAUCCUCAAAGCGGAGAAGAAGUGGAGGAAUGGAAAGAGACGAUAGCGGUCGAGUUGGAGAGCGGCGUCCUUUGUUAAUGCAUUAUGAAAAAGAGAAAGCACAGACAAGAGAAGGGCUAUCCUUCCAAGAGUGGGACUCUGAAGAUGGCGAUGUUGAUAAUGAUGAGAAUGAGGAGGAGAGGGAGAGACUGAGGGAGCGUGAGGAAAGGAGAAGGAGAGCAGGUAGGGGGGCGGUGUCCGAGUCAGAGAGGGACAGAGCCAGGGCAGAGGACAGUUACUCAGAUGAAGGCUCGUCAGGGGGGUUUGGUCGUUUCGAAAGAUAUUGGGAGGGAGGUGCAGCGGCAACUGGUGGAAUAGGAGGAAUAGGUGGAGGAGGCUGGUUCUUUGGCACCUACCCCUCCAGAGAGAAAGGGGGCAGUAUCAACAGUCGGGAUGAUUCCUUAAUAGGAACUCGGGCAGAGGGAUGGUUUGGUGGGGAUUUCUGGGGUUCAGGGCCAGGUGCAGGUUGGGGAUCAGAGGGAGGGCUAGGGGGGUCAAGCUCACAGUGGCCGCCACCCCCAACGUCCUUUCCUCCUCCUAGACGAUACUGGUCAAUGGAUAAGAUCCCUGUGAAGGGAGAGAAAAAAUGGAAGAGUGGAGGAGGGAAGAGCAAGGGGAGAUCUAGGGACAGAGGUGAAGAAGCAGGGCGACCCACCAUGUGUUCCUGUAACCUUUAUCCCCAGCCCCAUCCUUACCCACAUCCCCACAGUCGCUCACACACCUCCCACUCCAAAAGAGGAGCCACAACCCUUUCCCAUAGCCAGGAAGAGCUUCUCCCCCACUGCCACAGCUUCAGCGGAGUCUCUCGCCCCAAGCCUCUGCCUCCCAAACCAGAUCAGUCCAAAUCCGGCAGCCAAUCUAACCUCAGCCUCAGCACACAGCCCACAGACCAUCCGCCUCAGCCUUCACCGUCGCCACCCCAGCAGCCGUCCAUGUCUCCCUCCUCUCUCCCGAUGCCCAUCCCGCCUCCGCCCUCCACAUCCCCCAUCUCGCCACCUGCUGGGGUAGGGAUGGGGGGCCAGGGACAGGCUCAGGCUUCGGCCAGUGCCAAACUCCAAUAUCAGAGACUGCGCUCGGUGCCACAACCGCGGAGGUUCUACUCCCCCCACCUGCCUCUCAAAGCCAAGAGCCUGUGCUCGCGCAGAGGGUCGGCCCAUUUCUCCAGCCUGGAGAGUGAGGUAUGACAGGGGGAGAGGAGAGAGGGAGACGUGGGAGCGAGCACCACUGCUACUGAGAACCGUGGUGCCAUGGUAGCUGCAGCCAGGGAUAACACAAGAGACACAGCUGCCUUGGUGACCAUAGGUGAUCAAUUAGCGGCCAUCACUGCGGGAACUAAUUUGGACUGUAGUGCUAUUGCUAACACUGCUUUGUGUGAGAGCAACGCUACCGCCACCCGCUCCAUUGUACACGUUCUGGUGAGAGCGACAGUGAGACGCCACACCACGUUGAGCUAUGUCCGUCUGGAUGGUUCCCACGAUGACGAGAGUGAAGGUGAGGCUGCAUCGCCGCGGACAGCAGCCCCUGAACUUGUCCUCCGCUCAGAAUUGAGCUUUGUGAUGUCAUCUUCGGUUCUCCUCCCCUCCCCGAGUCACAACUAUGGAUAAGAGUAGUCUCCAAUCUGUGAGUAAUGAUGUCAUAUUUGUACACACAAACCCACACACACGCUCACACAAUCAGAUGAAUGCUCACAACGUCUCCCUCCCUCUGGCUUUGAGAACACACCUCGGUGGGAUGUGGAUGGACCCACCCUCCCCCAGAAGAUGCCAGUUGUUUGGUCAAUAGACUCUGCCUCCCUGUCCUCAUUGGCUGUUGGCUUUUGAACUGGAUUGGUGGACUGUUCCCUGGUGUCGGAGAGACUGCCCCCUCUUUUUCCCUUUGGUAAAUCAGUUGAUAUAAAAAGCAAUGCAGUCACCUCUCCCGUGCCCUCUGUCUGCCUGAUAACCUUUCACUGGGCAGCGAGGACAGUGCUAUUUAUUUGCCCUUUGACCUCAUGACAACAUCAGACCCAUCUAGCUCUACCCCAGGACCAUCCACGUGAUGUCAUGUUUUACUAGAAACUCUUUUAACCAGUCAGAUUGAACAGGAACCACUUCUCCUCCUCCCUGUCGGAGCUUGUCGUGCAUUUGAACAACAAACUGAACUUUGAGAAGAGAAAUAACAAUAAGAACAAAAAAGACAUGUAGCAGGUUUUCUUUGACUGUCUUUUCUUUUCUUUCCUACUCAGACUUCUCUCCCCAUCCCCUCUUUUUUAUUCUAUCAAUAUAUUUCUCUCACUGUGUUAGUGUUUUAAUAAGGAGCAGGCUGGAUGUGGCUAGUGUUGGAAGUGGGAAUGAUUCAACAGCAGUGCCAAAUUUCCACUCAAGAGCUUUUAAGCAAGAUUGGUUUUUCAAGCAAUUUGUUUUCGUAGUAUAAAGCCCCCAUCUUUCCUUUCCACAUGUGAGCCACACAUAAUUUACCAUCAUGUAAGUGGAUCAAGGGGAUGAUUGGUGCAAUAUCUGUAAUUGGCACUAGAUGGCUGCAUAAUAUUCAAAUAAGCUGUGGAGACAAUUGUGCAUUGCAAAAGCUCUCUUAGGAUAUUAUUGUAUUACACUACCAUAUUGCAUCUUUGCAGAGUUUGUAGAUGAUGGAUUAUAUGAAGCACAAUUCCUCAUUGUAUUUUUCAGAACAUACGGCCCGAGUUGUAAUUGCACAAUCUGCAGGUAACAUAUUUUUCGUACGUGAAAAACUAUUCAGUUAAUCUUAACUCAUGUUCCAGAUUAUGGACAAUGUAAUUCACUGUAACCAAGGUUCAAGUCACAGUACAACACACAAUUGUGCUGAGGAAACGAUCUCGUACUUUGACUAUUUCCUUUUUCGGCAAAUAAGACUGAACGAUAUACUGUGAAUGUUUUUACGUUCCGGUUUUAGGUGCACACACAGUAGCUGAGACUUCACUGAAGGCAGUCGGUAAUAACUCCUGUUAUCAAGAUUUUCAGAUGACUGUUUGACUUUGAGCAAUAUUCCCAUCUUCAAUGUGACAGGGAUGUGAUGGCACAUCUGUUUGCAUCUGAGACAUUGUAACUGUUUGUCCUCUAUUUUAAAAAUGAGAUCAUUUGUUUCAGCCAGAGUCAGAUGCUCAACAUAAUCAUUGGUUUUUCUUACAGCUAGAUAGAUAGAUGUCACCUAUUUCAAUCAGAUGUGAUUGUAAUAAUGAGUUAAAGUCUGCGGCACCUGGCUCGGGCUGACCAACGUGCAUAUGAAAUGUGUUCGACAGAGUGCGGUGGACUGUAGCACUGAACCUUCUGUGAGCUGUGCCAAAAGCCAUCUACUUUAUAAACGGUGCCAAUGUUGCAAACAUUGCAACGCACACACACUCUGGAUUUUCAUAAGGUCAACACAUCCACUUCAUCCCUCACACUAAGACCAGCCACAGCCCAGCUCUUCUUAUUGUAGUUGAAUGUAGCUUUGACAUGAUGUAGCAAAAGAACACCUACUUUUAGACUUUGUAGCUUUUUGGAUGCUGUUGAUAAAGGCUCGAAGGAGGGGGGGUGGGGGCGGGUUGACCUGCGAUGUGAGGGACUGUGCGUUGUGUUUGUGCAUGUUGUCACAGAUCGAAGGGUUAGUCGACCUUCUCCAUUCCCCUUUGGACUCCUUUGCCUUUCAGUGAGAGCAGACUGUAACUUUUAUUACCUGCACAUGCAUUGCUUUUUUCUAGGUCUGUACGGGGCAAUUUUUUAAAAGCAAUCUGUCUUUGUUUUUGUUUUAUUUGUUUAUUUCGAGAAAUGCUUUUGCCGUUACCCAUCUUUUGGAAAACUCCAGCGUCAUUGCAUGUUUUGCUGAAUGAAAUCUCAAAGAUUUGUGGCAGGAGGGUUGUGUAGUUCAACUGUAGCAAAUGCUUAGGACCCAGGGCGGCCACCUUUCAGUGAGGUAGUGCGCUCGCUUGACUCUGCACCCCGACAGUGGAACCCACGGCAACAGUUCGACUGCUUCACGUGUAGUAGAACACAGUCAUUUUUCGACCAAUCAACAGGGCUUAAACCUGGUAUGUCAUUGAGCAUUAUUGAUUUCUACUGAGGCGCUAAUACUUAAGUCUGUGACUGCAUGAACAGAAGUGACUCUUAAAAAACCCUCUGGCUUAUUUUGUUUUAUUUAUUUUAUUUAAUGCUGAGAAAAAAGAAUAUAUUAAAAUAUACUAUGUUUCUGAGAAUGUACCAUGUUAUACUGUGAUUUAACUGAGAUAUUUUAUUGUAUUCAAUUAUCAUUUGAAUUAUAUCAUUUAUCUAUAAAGAAAUAUAUCUGUACAAAUAAAUAUAUACAUAUAUAUACAUACAGGUAUAUAUAUAUAUAUUAGUUAAGUUUGGUAUAUUUGGAGGAAGUGUUAGAUGAAAUAGUUUUAAAUGUUUUAGCUUUGUAGCGAUUCUAGACACUGAAAUCAUUUUUGAAUUUCGAUUCCUCCUAUAUGACUGUGAAGACAUUAGUGCCUGUGACAAAAAAGACAAGUAAAAGUCUAAACUCUAUUCAUCUAUAUCUACUAUAGCUAUCAGUCUGUCACUCCUCUCGUACUACCUAACAUUACUUUGUGACACUCGCUGCUUUCACACAUCACUAUGUUUCUCUCACACAGUCUCUUUUGCUUUCUCCUCCUCUGCGGUUCUUUCUCCUGUUUUUUCUUUUCAUUAGAAAGCUAAGAACAUCCUCCACCUCUCCUCUUUAAAAGUUUUAUCACAUGGUGAUCACGUCACUUUGCUGAUCAACACAUCCAUUGGCCUUUGCUUUUUUCCCCCUUUGAUCACUUUUCUUUUUGAGUCAGCUCAUUCUUCUGUCUAUCACUUAGCAAAAAACAGAGACCAGUAGAUACUGUGUUCUUGCUCCUUUUGACUGAUUGUUGAUGAUGAUGAUCAAUUAAUUGAUUGAUGAAAUAAUUAAUGAACAUUGUUACUAUUACUGAUGUGACUGAAGUGUGUAUCUGACGACCACGCCACUGUAGCAAGUCUGGGCUGCACCACACCACCAGCGAGCAAAUGAGGCCACAGUUGCUAUGGUGUUGCCAUGACAUUUUCAUGGCGUUGCCAUGGUGUCCUCUGCACCGCCACCACCUGGUGCCUGCUGGGUAAUAUAGCAUAAUGUCCUUCACUUUCCCCCAAAGCACUGGUCAAAGAUCUGCUAUGCGCCUGUCUGCUCAGUCCUGACCUUAAUCAAUGGGAGGUGAAAUAUUUAAAAGCUGACUUUGGUAGAGUGCCGAGGGGCAGCAUGGUGGUGACUUGUCUGCUGUCUAUGCUGAUCUAGACUGGACUGGUUUGGCUUGAAGUGGCUCUGAUGAAGUGUUUGUAUCAUGCUGAUCUCCUAAUCUUUAAAUCAUCCCUUUGUGCUGCCCUGCAUGUUCUCCCAAAAGCUUCAUGUCACCGAAAGCCUGAAACCAGUCGGGGCAGUAGAGUGUGUCAAUGCUGCACAUGUCUAAUAUUGAAUGUGUGUGUUUCAUGUCGAGAGGGUGCAUGACAUGUGUGUGUUUUGCAUGUGCGGUGAUCAUGUGUUAGUCCAUUGCAGCGUGACUCUGCGGUGCUUUCUUUCGCCCAUCCUCUGUUUUCCUUCUCCUGCUAUUUCUGAAAAACACAGUUUGCUUUGCAUGGAUAUUCAACACACAAUGCGUACAUCACUCAACCAAUGAUCCUCAUCUUCCUCUAGCCCUCACUAAGCUGCAAUCUAAAGCUUUGCCUCAAGUAGUUUGAUUAUCCCACACAGGCACACAUGUGCCGUCACAAACACACGCACACACUGAAGCCCAUCUCAUUUCUUGAAGUCUUUUGUAGAAAACUCAGUUCAGAGAUUUGGUUACUUGAUGAAUUUAGUACAUCCACAAAGACUGUAGUGCUUGUUUUGAUCCAUCUGUCCCUUGAGUUUGCUGAAUGGUCCUGCACUCUGCUUAGCACUGUCCUGCCUGUUCUGAUCCAUCAAUUCCUGUUUCGAGUCGUCAGAUCCAAUUUGUUUUACUUUGCUGAAUUGCUCCUCUUUUUGAUUUACCUUGUUCCCCUAAUCUGCUUUGAUUUAUCGGAAUCACUGUUUGGCCAGACUGUAUGCAUUAAACAGUCCAGUCCAGCCUAGUGCAGUGUGCGCCAGGCUAGUCGAGUACCUGAGUUUGUAAGAGAUCCCAGUGCAGCCUCAAGCUCAUCCUCUCUCUCUCUAUUGUCCCAUGACCGGUGAAGCAAUAUGUGUGGUGCUCCAGAAUUCAAACAGGGUCCUCAUUGGCUGAAUCGGCCAUGAAUUAUAUCAAGGAAAUACAGGAGUGCCACACAUUGUACUCACCAGGUCUGGGGCUUGCAUGUUGCACCACGAAAAGCUUAUCCAACCACAGUGACAGGGCACAUAUACCCACAGAAACCAGAGUGUGUGUGUUUUCAGUAUUGUACAAGGCCCAGUUCUGCUCUAGUAACCUCGCCAACACACAGGCCUACUUACGGGUUGCUAAGGCGGGUUGCUAGUAGGGUGAUGUUGCUCCUAGCCCAGACUGGUCUGGUCUAUGCCCUAAUUUAACUGUGUUAGUUUAUUUGACAUUGUCUGUCUGGGGUGGGGCUGGAGGGUCAGUGCUGCACUUACUUCCUGAGAAUUGCUUCAUAAAAUAUGAUUCUCUUUAAUUAA